AUCACAAGCCUUUCCCUUGCUGACAACCUUCUGGGCGACGCUGCUGCCACACAGCUCGGCACGUCUCUGCGGACCUUCAACAAGUCGCUCAAGCACCUUGACCUCUCCAGCAACAUGAUUGGCGAGCAAGGCGCGAAGAUGCUCGCCUCAGCCGUCAUCCUCAACCAGUCCCUUGCUCGUCUUGAUCUCAGUGUCAACUGGAUAGAGGACGGGGGAGCCUCGGCGUUUGCUAACGCCUUGAAGAGGAACGCUUUCUUGAAAGAGCUCCGGCUCAGCUCCAACGGCAUCACCUCCUCCGGCGCCAUCAGCCUGGCCGAGGCACUGCAGAGCAACACCUCGUUACAAGUGCUGGACCUCGACAAGAACACCAUCGACAAGGAAGGACAAGAGAAGCUUCUGGAA